CGUCUCUUCCUCGGUGACCAGCAAACUCAACUCAACUCGACUGGCGAAGAAUCCAGCCGUGGCCUGCUAUUCCUUCGUCCUGCUGCGUCAGACCAAGUUGCCCCCCUUGCAUCCCCUCAGACCUUUGCACGCUGCAUCUGCAGCCACUGCUCGCUCUGCAUAGUUCAGUCCGUCGCCCAUACGAAAUCAGAUAGUACACAUUUGUCCGUGGCCAGACCGCAACAGCCAUGGGCCACCGUCACCGCAUGGACGAUGCCUCGUCUGUCUCAAGCUACUCGUCCGGCGGCUCGUCCCGUUCGUCCUCGAGGUCUUCUUCAAGCUCGGGAAGUUCCAAGAAGUCGAGGUCGUCCGAGGUGUCCCACUCCAACAUCCGGAGCGACCAUUGGGCCGUCUCUCUCCUGAAAUACACUGCUGGGGCUCCCUUUGGCAAGCCAAUGUCUCUGCGCAAGACCAAAGUUCGCGAGUACCAGGAGGACUGGGAUGAUGACGACGCCGCCAGCAUCUACAGCGAUGUUUCGUAUACCACCUACGCCUGGGUCAAGCCGAAGUGGGAUGACAGCAUCUCUGAGAUCGCCUCCAGGUCCAGCCGCCGGAGCAACGGACGCCGUGGGAGGGGCCAGAACGACUAUGGCCGGCCUCGCUUCACCAUGCCCCCUCCCCCGCACCAGCAGCCACCCCCGUUCGGCCACCCGCCCCCACCUCCGCAGUUCAUGGCGCCUCCGGGUGCCCCGAUGUACGAUGAGAACCCCGGCUUCGUCGACAUGAACGCCGGAUACCACCCUCCUCCUCCUCCUCCACCACCGCCUCCUCCUGCUUUCGGAAGCGGUGGUGCCCCAGCCUUCUUCGAUCUCAAUGGUGAUGGUGGAGGUGGUGGCGGCGAUGGCCCAGGGAAGUACGAUGACUGGGCGUAAUGGGAUCGCUUUCGAGCAUCGACGUUGACAAUUUAUCCAAUAAGUGUGAUAUUUGGGGGAUGGGAAAUGAGUGAAAGGCACUCGGUAGGUGGUAUAUUUCUUUGGCUCGCGGUUUUAUUGUUUUGGGACUCGGCGUUUGCACGAACAAACCAAUUCUCAUAGUCCCCUCCCCGAUUGGUACCCAGACCACACCGAAGGGAGAUACAGAACCUUCAAGGAAAGGGAUGGGUUCGGAUGAUUUGUAAAAUCCGGUUUCAAUGACGAGAUCAUGCGAUAUUUAUUUGGCAAAAAUUGUAAUCAAGUCGAAUUUGACAGAGAAAUGGCCUGCGCUGUUGAUGUUCUUGUUGUAUUCAUCUAGAAAUAGUGCGCAAUUGCAAUAAGUGGUGCAUGCAGAACACAGCUAGUCGAGAGUAACUUCUGUCCUUCGAUACUUCAAUCAAGUAUCCAAACUCGAGCUCCGAAUGGAUUGAUGGCCGCCAAAGGCCGUGGCGUUUGAGAUAUGGAUAUCCAACCAGCAAGUCCUGGAAUGAUAAGAGACGUAAAUAAGAGCUUGACGUAAGUUCCGUUGCCAACCAAUACCAUCGCAGCAAGUCU